CAGGCAUAUAUAAGGUGGCCUGCACCCUUUCCAGGUAAAGUUUAUUGAGGUCGCGUCGACGGAUGUGUUAAAAAUUUCGCAAACGUUCUCAACCACACGACAACAAAGACUCAAAACAUGUCUGGUUUUCAUAGCAAAAGUUCUGGUCACGGAGGUAGCUUUCCUCACGACAUUCGGACAAAGUCAGGCUUAACUAAUCUUUAUAACAAACAAGUGGUCAGCUCCCAACCCGUCGAAAGACCACUGGAUGCCUUUAACGGGGGCAGAAUCGGGCGUGUUGGUGUCCUUGGAGCCAAUGCGGCUGGUAUAAGCACCUCUUAUUCUGGCCAACGUGAUCGUGCAAUGCAUUCAGGAACCCUGAUAACGACCAGCGAUGGCGGGAAAUGGCUUGUUCACAAAGGGAAAGAAGGUAAAAGUUUCGACACCGUCGUAACUGAUGCAAAACACAUGCAUCCAGACACUUGGCGACCAGCAGGUCCGCAGCAAAAUGUCGGUGGUCGAGCAUCAGUUUCCGAUUUCGUCAAAGCUGGCGGAGCAAAAUACGAUGUCAGAGGGGCAAAUUGCCACGAUGCCACACGAAAUAUGCAAAAGCUUGGAAAGUGAAUGCUGAACUCUAUCUAUAUCACAACGUCUAGCUGACCUAUACAGAUUCUCAGUUUUACUUUCAACUAUGUAUAAGUAUGGUUCGAAUCACGAUUAGGUACAUAUUGAAAAUAGCAGCACAAAAUAACAGGAUCUACCUUUAUAUAUAUCAAUUUUUGUUGAAUAAUUUGGGAGAAAA